CGAACAGUUCAUACCAGAAAUGGCUCCCCCAGCCCUCGUCAGACUGAUCCAAGCCAUAGAGAAGAGAGGUCUGGACUGCAAGGCGCUAUAUAGGACAGCUAACCCCUCAGACUCAGACAGCCCCAUGUACACUUUGAGCUCUGAGAGUGACAUUACUCAGAGGGAUAUAAGUAACCUCUCUGAGAGUGUUCUACAAUACCUGAGAGACCUCCCAUCGCCAGUUAUCCCUCCAUGUCUCUACCCUCAUCUUCAAACUGCUGUCACGCAGCAGAAGGUUUUCAAGCAGCAAGCAGAUGGCGCUGUAGCUUGUAGCCACAACAGAGAGAUUAGCCUGGUCCUUGAGAACUCCACAGCUGUCCACCAUUGUUUCACCUUGCGGUAUCUCCUUACACACCUGACUAAGGUCGCCCAGGCUCAGGCCACCAAUGGCCUGGACACACACACUCUGGGAAUUAUCUUUGGCCCACUGCUGAUUCGGCCAGGACUCUCUUGCCCUUCUUUGUCAUUGGAUGAGGAUUUCCCUGCCAUGGUAGUAGAGAGACUUCUGAUUGAGCGAACUAUUCAGCAGGACCUCCCUCCUCCAGUUGUUCCUGCAAAGCCAGUCAAAUCAAAAAUUGCACCAUUGGCCAUGACAGACACAAGCAGCCUGCUUAAUGAUUCUGAGUGGUACUGGGGGGACAUUUCCAGAGAGGAAGUGAAUGAGAAACUGCGAGACACACCAGAUGGUACCUUCCUGGUCAGAGAUGCCUCAAGUAAACUGGAGGGCGAGUACACACUCACUCUUAGGAAAGGGGGAAACAACAAGCUCAUAAAGAUAUAUCACAGAGAAGGCCAAUAUGGUUUCUCAGAACCUCUGACUUUCCUGUCUAUAGUGGAUCUCAUCAAUCACUACCGACAUGAGUCACUUGCUCAGUAUAAUGCCAAGUUGGACACUAAACUUCUGUACCCUAUUUCCAAAUACCAGCAGCUUGUUAAGGAGAACAGCAUUGAGGAGGUAGGGGAGCAGUUAAAGAUCUACCAUGAGCAGUACCAGGAGAAGAGCCGCGAGUAUGACUCUCUGUAUGAGGAAUACACCCGCACGUCACAGGAGUUACAGAUGAAGCGCACAGCCAUUGAAGCUUUUAAUGAGACUAUCAAGAUAUUUGAAGAGCAGUUUGAAACACAGGAGAGAUACAGCAGAGAGUCUUUGGAGCGAUUGCAACGUGAAGGCAACGAAAAGGAAAUACAAAAGAUCCAGAGCAAUUCUGAGCGCUUGCAGUCUCGCGUGAAGGAAAUCCAUGACAGCAAGCGUAAGCUGGAGCAGGACCUGAGAGAGCAGGUGUCGGAUAAUAGAGAAAUUGACAAGAAGAUGAACAGUCUCAAGCCAGAUCUCAUGCAGCUCCGCAAGAUUAGAGAUCAGUAUUUGAUAUGGUUGACACAGAAGGGGACACGGCAGAAGAAGAUCAAUGAAUGGCUCGGAAUUAAGAAUGAUACUGAUGAAUCUUACUCACUGGAAGAAAAUUUUAGCUCACCUAACUACGAUGAGUGUACCUGGUAUGUGGGUGAUAUCAAGCGCACCCAGGCUGAAGAAAUGCUGAGGGGCAAAUGUGAUGGAACUUUUCUUAUUCGUGAAAGCCAAUCCCAGAAGGGGUCCUACGCUUGUUCUGUAGUUGUGGAGGGCGACACAAAGCACUGUGUCAUCUACAAGACAGCCACGGGUUAUGGAUUUGCUGAGCCCUACAAUCUGUAUUCAUCCCUCAAAGACCUGGUGCUCCACUACAAAAAUGUCUCCUUGGUCCAACACAAUGACAAUCUGAAUGUAAAUCUAGCCAACCCAGUUCUAGCACGCUCUCAGAACCAGCACCCCAGAUGAAUUUUCUACCAGAUGAGUAUUAUGACAACCAAGGUGGGGAAGCUUUUCAUGAUAUGCAUAACAAGAAAGAAAGAAAGAAAGACAAAAAAAGACACACAGUGUUUGUGUAAUGCUGACUGAGAGUCAUGAUUUUUUUUAAAUCAUGUUGUUUUUCUUAUAAUCUGUUGCUGACUCCCCACAUUGGCUCCAGUCCAUUUAAGAACACACCUUGCUAAUUACAUGGCCCUUUAAUAAGCACAACUACUGAUAACAAGCCACUGUAUAGUUAUUCAGGCUGAUCGGAGGUUUUUUGUAGGUUUUUUUCUUUUUAUAUUAGCUGGCACAAAUGAGAGCAAAAUAAGCACAAAAAUAUUUUUUCUACAAGAUCAAGAAAAAGAGGUAGAGAGACCAGAUGGUGUGGGAUGGGAAAUUUACAGGAGGUGUUUUUGUGUAUAAUUUUGCUUUGAACACAAGAUAUACGUCUUGAUCUGUCAUAGCCAAACUGCCCACAAACUCUACACGCAAAAGCCUGAGCUAAAAGGACUUGCUUGGCUAAAGCAGGAUCAUCCCCCUCUAAAGCUGGAUGAGAAAACUAUGAAAUGUGGAAAUCACCAGAGACAGAACCUAAAGGGUUUUAAAGUACCAACUAAAAGCUUGCAUAAGUGCCAUAGUUAAUAGCUUUGAAUGACCACAAGCCUGUGUAACUGUGAUAUAGCUGAGAUGAUAGAAGUUAACAGAAUAAUGCGAAAGGUGGAAUAAACAGAUGUCAACGUGGACAAAGCUACAGCUUUAACAUAAACAUACAGGUUUGUUUUUAUGAAACAAUCUUUUUUUCCAACUGCUUUGGCGUGUUGCUCUCUCAUUGGGUCUCUUUUCUUAACUAAUGAAGUACAGCGUUUUGUAAAUUCUGUGUAAGAGGGAUUGCAUGGUACAUAUCUGGUAUAUUUAGAAUCAUUUACAUAUAUACUAAAGAGAGAGGUGCAAAUUCCAAACACACUCCCGUACAAUUCAGGUUUCCUGCAUCAAAUGUCCCGUUCUUAUUUUUUCAUCCUCUAUAACACUGUAACACCUGUAGCCAUUGACUUGAGGAACUGUUAAUGCUCCUCUUAUGUGUCUGUCCCUAUAUGUUCAUUGUAUUGCUAUCAGAGCAUCAAGUUAUGUAAUCAUUGUUUCUUGAGUACUGACAUUGCUUUGUCAUGUUCGAUUAGACUGUUUCCAUGGUACAAUGCUUUUUCAGAUGUUUAUUGUUAAUCUUUGUAUCAGAUUUACUCAAGGUACUUCUUCCUUGCGCUUGACUGUUUUUAUCACUAGCUUCACUCACAGAGCUGUAGAACACUGAUGUACAAAAAAGAUAGCAGUAAUAUAACUUAUGUACAGUAUAUUUCAGACACAUGCAGUAAUUGUAUGUGAUUUUAUACAGUUUCAUAGCUGUUCUUGUAUGUAUUUAGAAUAUUUGCCAUAUCCUUAGACUUCGUGUAAGGAUGCAAAUUUUCGAAAUAUUAUAUACCCAUUCAAAAGUGUAUUUUCAUGUAGAAAGACAUGACAAAAAUCACUCUUUUCACAGUUUGGCAUGGCCAUUGUGGUCUGAGAGACUAUCCAGUGAAGUGUGCAUGGAGUCUUUUGUUUGGGUUUUUAUUGAUAGUUUAAUUACUUGGACCCAUGGUGUAACAUUCUGCUUUUCGUAAUGCAUAUAGUACAGUACACAUAGUUGUAGAAGAAUGUUUAGAUUUGGAGGCAACGUCACAGGGGCAGUUCCCGCCCACGGUUUAGUGCCAUGUCAGUCGUUUUCUACCAUUUUGUUGUUGUUUAUUUUCCUUGGGGUGAUAAUUGCACCACCUCUCAUCAGUGUCACUUUGAUAGAACAGUUGUGUAGAUGCAGGCUUUUGCAGUUUUCUUGUUCCAUCAGUGAAACUGUUGCAAUGCAAGAGGCAUCAUAAAGCUGUUUUUAAACUUGAUUCGUAAGGUUGAUUUUUUUCAAGGUGAACAAAUCUAAAUAGUUUUUCAUAUUUCUUAGACAGUAGAAUGACAAAAAUAAAUGACUUAGUUUUAUAGAAAGUAUAGAAUUGCAAAGUGUUUGAAAAGGAAGGGUGAUUGGUAUUUUGGAAUUACUUUGGUACCUUUCUGUUGAGGGAUAGAAAUUGAAGUUCCGAAGUGAGAUAUUAAAUUUGCUGCUUAUUACAGUAAGUCAAGAGUUGAUUUUAAUGUUAUCACAUGACUCAAGCCGACAAACAUUUCCAUUUAAAUGGUGUUAUUUCUUUUUCUGAAUUGUUGCAUCACAGAUUUCAGAUUAUCAACCUUUUUCUAGACGGGGUUAAUUAAAUCAACACACACUUAAUUUGUCCCUAAAAGUUUAGAUCAAGAGGUAGUUUUGAUUUCAGUGAGGACAAAUCAAUUGUAGUGUACUUUGCACAGUUCUUGGCAAGCAGAAGAUCCCAAGAAUGAAACUAGAGGCAACAGCAGUGCUUCUGAUGCGAGGGCUAAAAUAAAACCUGAGUGAGAUAUGCUAUAAGUGCCUUUAGUCAUUAUGAUGAGCCUAUUGUCUCCUCAAUGGCAAUGGAGCUUUGCUCCAUGGGAUGGUGCCACCAACACCAUAUGUUGUGCCACAAUGUUCAUACGUUUGUCAAUUAAAAACUAUAGACUGUCUGGCAAAUGAACAUAGAUGUUGUGUGCGAUAGUGUUUGUGCAUUAUGGCCAUUAUGAGCAUGUUGUAGAUAAGAAAGACUGACUUUAGCUGUAUCUAUUUUUUACAUUUAUAGUUUUUACAUAUUCUGUUUUUUAGUUGUUCCAUAUUCUGUUUUUCUAUAGAUGUGGUUGUACAGUCCUUUGGUUUUCCUCCGACUGUGCACCAAGUUUUCUUUCUUUCUUUCUUUCUUUCUUUCUUUUUCUCUCUUUCUUUUUUUGGGGGGAUGGCUGGUAUAUGUUUGAAUGAAACCCAGAAAUGACUGAAAUGUGAACAGUCAGCCCAAAUUUAUUUGUCAAUGCCCCAAGUUAAUCCAUGCAGCAUUUCACAUUGUCUUCUGUUAAGCAUGGUCAUUUAUGAACUAGCAAUGUGGUUAUGUCAUCAACCCCUGCUGACUGAUCCAUUACAUUUUUUGUUGGACCAACAGUUUCAUAAUUGCACUUUUUUUCAUUUCACACACACAAACUAGCGUGCAAUCCAACAACUAUAAACUAACAGACAGUAGAUAUGCUUUUGUGUCGUGUUUUUAAGCUAAUAAUGUUUUGUAAGGUACAUGUGGACUAAUUUAUUUCUGAUAUCAAAGUAUACGGUUUAACUAUGUACUUUGCUAAUUGUAGUCGGUAUGUAGAUUUAAUUCUAAUGGAUGAUAGUAGUAUUUUCAUUAUCAGUUUUAGUAGGUAAACUGUAGGGAUAGGCUCCAGUCCCCCCGUGACCCCAUUGGGAAUAAACAUUUUAGAAAUUCGAUGGUUCAUGCCUCCUGGUCGCCUUGCUGGUGAGGUGUUCCGUGCACGUCCCACCGGGAGGAGGCCCAGAGGAAGACCCAGGAAAUGCUUGAGGGACUAUGUGUCUCUGCUGGCCUGGGAACGCCUUGGGAUCUCCCCGGAGUAGGUGGUAGAAGUGGCAGGGGAGAGGGAAGUCUGGGGUCCUUAAAAGAAAUUUACUGAACAUUGUCUCAAAUUGAAAGGUUUCUCUUUUUCAGUUUUUAAAGUAAACAUAUUUGCUGUGUGGUCAAACAGUUUACCCUGCUUAGUUAUUUAAAAAUGUCAAGCUGGUGGCAAUGCUGUUAGAAAAAAAGUGAAACAGUUAGAUGGCCAUGAGAAAUUCAGAAUAUGAAGACUUUUGGGGCUUUCAUUCAUUAAGAUAAGAACUGAAGCAAUUGUCCUCAUUUGUUUGAUAUGCUUCUUAGUAUUUCUUGAAAAAGCUUUUCCUUUUUGACAAAUUAUUAUUCAAGGAAAUAUUUUUUCAUCACUCUGGUGUAAAUUAUAUUUCUUGAACCGGUCUUAUAGAAAAUGCUCAUCUUUUCAGUAAGUAUAAAGAAACCGUAGUUGAUGUCUAUUCAAUUUUGAAGAAUGAGAGACACACUAGUAAGCAAUAUUUUUCAUUAUAUACUUAGAUAUCUAUAUUUUUGGGGGGAUUGACAUUAAUGUAUUAAGCUUGAUUAACAGGCGCUUUCAGAGUAUGAAGCAAGCUCAUCCAUGUGUUGAUAUUUACAGAAUCGAGUCUAUAUCUUCAACGCAGUUCUUGCUGCUUCGCGUCUAUGAAAUAUUAGAAAAUAGUUCUUUGUGUAUCUUUCUUGAUAUAGAAUCAGUUUUAUUAUUUUGAAGAGUCUGUUUGUUGUGAGUAGAUUCUGUGUUCAAUUUGCACCACAAAAGAUUCAAACUGAGAUCUGUCAAGGAUUAGAGACUGAUGCAGUAAGUGAAUCAUCUUACCAACCUUUUUUCACAUGGAUAGAUCUGUGUGGUUGCUUUAAGUUUUUAAUAGUUAUUUUGUCCCAGACUUAUAUCCACUGGUAAGGGAACAAAGAAAAGAAAGAGAUAAAGAAAAGUAAAACUUUGCAGAAAAGCUAAAAUACCCAUUUUAACGGUUCAUAAUAGUUAUAGAAGGUUUUUUAUGGUGCCUGAGUAUAUUUAGAAUAAUUGUUUGGCUUUUAAAAAAAGAUUAUACAUUUGUCUGUACGAGUGUUUGUUUUUUUGUUUACAUUUGUUAAUGAUAAACUUACAGAGCCUAUAAAGAAAAAAAAUAAGCUAGCUUGAAUUUUUUUUCCUCCAUAUAGAAAAAAACAAAUACAAAUGUUUACAAUAUGUAAUUAACCAAAUAGUACAUAUGAGCUUGAGUUUUUGCUCUGUCCUUCAAAGUAGCUAUGAUGUAAUGAUUUGUGUUUCUUUAUUUCCACUGUCAUUUCAAACUUGAAAAUGUUAUGACUGCUUGUUCCGUAUUUCCUGAUUCAGUUUGUUCCUCAUUUUUGUUUUAGUUACACUAGAACAGUGCUCCCUCAAUGCGAAAAACAUUUAGAAAGAAAUUUAACAGUAUAGUUCACCAGGAUAGAUUUGUCCACAAUACAUUUUUAUUCCAUCAUAUACGAUAUGUAAUUCAUGAGUCCGUGUCAUCCUUUACCUGCUGACAACUCCAAGUCACACUGAAUCUUGUUUGUGCUUGAACUUAACUUGAGACUUUGUAGUCUUUUUGCUGUUUAUACUGUUCACGAUGUGGUAGAUUCCACUACAGCUUUACCUGUUGUAUUCCUGAAAAAGUUUAAUUUACAAUCAAAUAAAGUGGGCGUUAUGGGCUUGUUGUGAAUAACAAUAAAAACGCAUCACCUGUUGGACAUACUUGAGUGCAGUUUUAGUACAUUAACAGACAUGGAAAUUCAGGAAUAACUAUCAAAAGGCAUCUUCCUUAAUUUUGCACUAUACUUCAAAUGUCACACAAAAAGCUGAAUCAGUUUCUCUUCUGUUUGGUUAAAUUUCUAAGACCAAAUGUAGGUAGUAUAGCAUCAGUAUAACGUGUGUGUCUAGAAUAUGACGACUGCGUUUUGGUUUCCUUUUUUCUGCCUGUUUUGAGUCUUUUCAUGCAAUCACUUAGUGUGGACUGGACUAGUUUGUUAGAUGAGCUGAUGUGAAUUUUGUUAAAUUAAAUUACAAAAUAACAUCAAUUUCAGAGUUUCAAAAAAGGUUUGUACAUACCCAGCUACAUAUACUGCAAAUAAUUGUCAUUAAUAAUGAUGUGAUCCACUUACUCUUUUAAAGAUGAUGAAUGGAAAUGGUUUCGGUAGUCAGUGAAAGCUACUUUACACCAAAGUGCAAUUGAAUUCAGAGGGAGCACUGUUGUUUCAGCCAGUUGAGCCCUGCUGGUUGUGGGGAAUCCAACCAUGAAGCAUGGAAAGAUUUUUUUUUCUUUUCUACAGUUGUGUUAUACUCUCACUGCAUAAACACUGUUGGUCUGUCUUAACUCAGAUGCAACAUUUCUUUCUCUUGUACAGCGUGCAGCAGAGUUGUAUUUGUUCUCAGACAGGUACUAUUUUGUUCAUUCUUUAGGCUAAUGCAAAUGGUUUUUAAAGGCAAUAAAUCAUUUCAAAUUAAUGUGUCAUCCUGAUUAUUUUUCUGUCAUUUUAAAUUUG